AUGUCGGUCAGCCAAACUCUUUCAGAAUUGCUUGUACUGGAGGGUAUAUCAGAGACAGAGCAUGGGGUUACAAAAUUAGCUUCAGGAAUUGUCAACGGCGAACUAACUCAUGUAUUGAAUCAGAUUAUUACUAAGAAGAACAUAUCUUGGGGCUCUACUACUGGUAUAGAGUAUGUGGAAGAAACAAAGCAGAAAGUUAGAGACAGUGAUCAGAAUGAAGAAAGUUAUUUGGACUUCCUAUUAUUAGCUAUUUCCGCGCUCCAAUUGUAUAUUCAAUCGAAUGUAACAGGACCUCCAGUACCUAUGGACGAUCUCAAGCUUACCAUAUCCAAGAAUGUUUUAGAAAGUGUUGACGACAAAAAUACAAAAGGCUUCUUCAAGUCUUGUGUGGCAAGCCUGGCUUCAGAUGGUGAGCCCGCAUUUGCGUUGAUGAGCUACCCACACCUGCUGUUGUUAUCACUAGCUCUGCUAUCAGAGCUGAAGGAUUCAAAGUAUAAAUAUUGGGCUUUCUCAAGUUGGUGGUACUCCCGUGCACUUCUAAUUCACCAAUCAGUCAUUGAUUAUCCAACUGCCAGUAUACAUGAUGCUGUCAAUGCCGGUCUCAAUAAAGAUACUCUUCGUGAAAUUUUGGAAAUGUUAAAAACAGAUGGCAUGAACCUAGAUGACGAAGCAUCAAAUAGCUUAGUAAGAAGUUUGCAGGUUCGGUUUUACGUAGAACUUGCUCGCGCUCAGAUUGUUUAUGGACAUGAGUCGGUGGCCAAUGAGUAUAUUGAAAAGGCCAAGGAAGCAUCGAGAUUAGAAUUCGUCUUAACUGGUGUGAGUGCUCGGCGAACGAAGUUUCAGCAACAUGACACAUCACAGCUUGUACUUUUAGCUAAGAGUUUUGAAGAAAAGGUCGUGGUUAGUGAUAACAGUGACAUUGAGAGAGGAUUAAACUUGAACUCGGACCUCCUGCUAGAAAGGCCACAUUAUAAGGGCCUCGAUGAUGAAACCAAAAGCAAUUUACCUCCACAAUUACAGUUAUUAGAUCCCAAUAACCAACCUGCUUUAAACGAUGUUGAUACAGCAAUUAUCUUGUUACAUGUCCGAUCAGUUGUUUCAAGCACUCCCCAUAAAGACAUUCUUAUUCAAGAAGAAUUGCUGGCUACAGUUAACAGAAUCAUUGAAGCCCCUAAAUCAUCGGUCAACUGGACAUUAUUCAGUAGUGCGCUAUGGAAUCGAUCUCUAUUGGAGGCUGACUCUGUCAAGACCGUUGAAAGAGGAACCUUACAAAUGCAAAGUCUAGUUGAAGAGCUCGGCCAGAGCAACAAUACCUAUAUUCCAAAACGCAGUGAUAAUAACUCAGAAGACCCUGAAAGUGUAAGUGCAAAAGGGAUUGCUCGCAGAUUACGAUAUACGCAUCAGCUUGUCCCAUUGCCAAAAUGGUCUAUGGAUACUGCUCUGGCUGAAAAGUUUAUGUCUCUUGGCGCUCUUAAAUCCGCCAUUGAAGUUUAUGAACGAUUACAGCUCUGGGGUGAGGCCGCACUUUGUUAUGCUGCUGUUGGACAAGAAGAUGAAGGCAUCAAGAUUUUAAAGCAGCAUUUAGAAAGGAAUCCUGAUGAUUAUAGAGGCGUUUCAAUUCUUGGUGACAUUACUCUGGACCCCAGUCUUUGGGAAAAGGCUUGGGAAAUGGGUAAGUAUGCCCCAUCGAAAAGAUCUUUGGGUCAAUUUUAUUACAACCCCCCACGAUCUACGGGGGUUGAACGCAAUCUGGAUCUGUCUAUCCGCCAUCUUCAUGACUCUUUGCAAGUCAAUCCGUUAAAUCUGUCUGCUUGGUUUCUUUAUGGAUGCGCUGGUUUAGAAACGAGCCAAUGGGAGCUCGCUGCCGAAGCAUUUACUAGAUGUGUGGCUAUUGAGGACGACAAUCCAAAAAACUGGAGUAAUUUAGCAACUGCUUUGUUAAGGCUAGAUAAAAAGCAGGAAGCGUUCAAUGCUCUUAAACGGGCUUCUAGAACUGCUACCGAAAAACAAGAUUGGCGAAUUUGGAGCAAUUUCAUAACUGUUGCCGGUGAACUACGCCAAUGGAGUGAUGUCCUUCAGGGUGUUAAACAAUUGAUUCUUUUAAGAUCGGAGAAAGAGGGUGAAAAAUGCCUUGAAAUUGAUUUGUUGGAGGAUUUAGUUCAAGUCCUAAUUGCUGAUGAAAGGGUGGUUAUGGAUGGUGACGCUACUGAUUCAAGCCAACUUCAGUCAAGAGCAAACUACUUUUUCCAGAAGAGUUGUAUUGAUUUAUUUAUUAAAAUCAUUCCCCCUCUUAUUACAGCUGACCCCAGGCUAUGGAAACUAAUAUCAAAGGUUCAUAUUUGGCUUCGUCAGCCGUGGGCGGCAUUAGAAGACUUCGAGAAAGGAUUCCGUAUCUAUACGCAUAGUCCUCUCAUUGAGUCUGAUGAACAGGUUUGGAAUGAGGCUGUUGACUUUUGCUCGGAUCUUGUAGAUGCAUACACAAAUUUCGGCCCCAUGGAGGGCAAAUACGGUGAAGGUUCGUUUGUUAGUAAAGAUUGGAAGUUCAAGGCUCGUUCCUGCAUACGACUUUUGAUGGGUAAAGGGAAGAAUUUCUGGGAAGACUCUGAAGGAUGGCAGCGAUUGCAGCAGAUUAAAGAGGAUCUGUAA